UCUGACGUAAACAAAAGCACAUGGUAACAGAAUCUCUAAGGCCUUCGUGUAAAGAUUCUGGAAGUACCAAAUGCCGCAAUAGCUUAAAAUAAUAAUCACGGAGGCCUUCACUGGUUUCAGAUGGAUCGUUCCGUUCACUCUACGGAUGGAAUGGGACACGGAUCCUUAGUGGUUUGGAACGGGGCCUUAAAUAAAGAAAAUAACAAUAGCAAUGAAAAUAUAUCGACCAGUAACGACAACGUCGGGCCGGUCAUCCGAAUUCUCGAAAUAGAAGCAAAGAUUGACAAAGAACCCACACAAAUUGAUGAAAGCUCCUCCGCAGUUUUAAAGUACAGAACGCCUAAUUUCAGGGCUAGUGCAACUGUAGAAAUAUCUCCAUUCUCUGACAAUGAAGCUUGGAAGGUUGGUUGGAUUCAGGCAUGCACCGAUAUGACAUUUCACAACACUUAUGGGAAAGAGGGAUACACCAGCUGGGAGUUUCCUGAACUCACUUCAGGCAAGCAGACCAUGAUAUCUGAUUGUGAUGGCCGACACUACCCCUGGUACGGUUCCCGGAAUGAAACUGUGAUCUUCAAAGGCCCCUGUGACCGCUAUCAAACAGCUACAGUCUACAUGAAUGAUAACUUCCACCCGCAUGUCACAUGGAGGAACCCAGCCAAUCGCCAUCAGCUGGAGCCUAACCUGACGCACAUCAUACGUGACCAGAGUUUCUACGUGUGGCUAGUGGCCUGGAAUAUGGUUACAAUGAAAAGCUUUGUCAUGCAGACAGUGUCCUGGUGCAUGCAGUUGGAAAUAGCCAUAGAUCCAAGGCGCCCACUCGGUGAGAGAGCAACUCUUAUAAGCAAUCCUGUUCCCCGCCAGCCCAUCAUCCUGGAUUACAAUGUCCCCAUCCCGCGAUGUGCUCUGACCCCACCCUGCGCCAACUCCGCCCAGAUGCUGGUGUGGCACCCAAGACGCGGAAAACCUGUGUGUGUUAUCCCUCCAGUUUGGAAAAGUCAAAGCAGAAGUCCAAAGAGAGACAGCAAAUUGUAAAUCCUGUUUAAGUUGCUCCUGGUGCCAAAGUUAAGAAAAUACCAUUGCAUUUUUUUUUAAAACUAACAUUUUAUUAUGAGAAAAACAAUCAGUAAAAACAUUAUUUGGGCAUUUAUGUUGGCUCAUUGUGGUGUGCGAUAUCAAACUAGCAACCUUGAACCAGCUUUAUAUGAUUCCUUUGGAUUUAAUUAUUUUUCUAGCAUCAUAUCUACCCUUCAAACAUUGUGCCAUUAAAUGUGCCAAAAGUCCAUCAUAUGCAAGAGUGCUGGGUGGAGUUUUUAAUAUAAAAAAAAACAAUGUAUGUGGUUAAAGUUAAGUUGUGAUGCACAUCAAAGGCUUCAGAUAAUGGAUAAUUGUUAAAGAACAAGGUUUAUUUUUAUCUAGCAUUUAUAU